AAUACGGAAGAACACAAGGAAGUAAAACAGUGCUUCGUGAUACCAAAAAUAAAUAAAUAAAUAAAGACAUGCUUUGAAAGUACCGUUCAGAAUUUCCACUGCUUCCAUACAUUAAUAGAAUGUCAACCAAUGAGAGGGAUGAGACAAAUGACACCCAAGCAGAGCCAGCCCGAGAAGCAUCCGAGGACAGUAACAGGAGAGAGGGCAACAAUGACAACAACCAUCAGAGAGGCAUUACAGAAGGUCUCUCUCAGCCCAAUGAUGACACCUCUGUUGUAGCAGAUGCAAAUACUGUCGCUGAUAAGAACUUGGCUCUACUGAAAGCCCACUCCCUGGAUGUGAAGUUUGAAGUUGGGGAAGAAUAUGACAUUAUUGAGACCAUUGGUACAGGUGCUUAUGGUGUGGUCUCUUCGGCCCGGAGACGAGACAAUGGCCAGCAGGUGGCAAUAAAGAAGAUCCCUAAUGCCUUUGAGGUUGUGACGAAUGCCAAACGCACGCUGCGAGAGCUCAAGAUUCUCAAGCACUUCAAACACGACAAUAUUAUUGCCAUUAAAGACAUUCUUCAGCCUGUGCUCCCUCACUCGGCUUUCAAAUCAGUGUAUGUUGUUCUUGACCUCAUGGAGAGUGACCUGCAUCAGAUUAUUCACUCGCGUCAACCUCUGACCUCAGAGCACACACGCUACUUCCUGUAUCAGCUGUUAAGAGGCCUGAAAUACAUUCACUCGGCCAACGUCAUUCACCGUGAUCUCAAGCCGUCCAACCUGCUGGUUAAUGAAAACUGCGAGCUGAAGAUUGGCGACUUCGGCAUGGCACGUGGAUUAAGUGCGGCCUACUCCCAAGAGUCACGUUCCUUUAUGACCGAGUAUGUGGCCACUCGUUGGUAUCGUGCACCUGAGCUUAUGUUGUCGCUUUACCACUACAGCUUGGCCAUCGACCUCUGGUCUGUUGGCUGCAUCUUUGGUGAGAUGCUUGGCCGGAGGCAGAUGUUUCCAGGGAAAAACUAUGUGCAUCAGCUUCAGCUGAUUCUUUCGGUUUUGGGAACCCCGUCCGAGAGAAUCGUUGUCUCGAUAGGGUCGGAUCGGGUGCGUUCUUACGUGAGGAGCCUCCCUUCAAAAGCACCAGAGUCACUUGCAGCACUGUAUCCACAAGCUGAGCCCAGUGCAUUGGACUUGUUGGGCGCAAUGCUCCGAUUUGACCCUCGUGAACGCAUCAGUGCAUGUCAAGCCCUCGAACACCCUUACCUCGCCAAGUACCAUGACCCCGAUGACGAACCAGUGUGUGUUCCCGUGUUUGAUUUUGAGUUUGACCGGCAGCCAUUGGGCAAAGAACAAAUCAAAGAAGCUAUACUAGCAGAAAUCCAGGACUUUCAAAAGAAGAAGCAGGGCAUGAGGAAGAAGAUACAGUUUAAACCGCUCCAUUCUAGUUUGGCGGGGAUUGGGGUGUCAGGUAGCACCCUUUGCGCAGCUCCGCAGUCUCAAAAUUUAACGGAAACAGCACAAACUCACAGAAAACUCAAUUUCAGACCAACAAACACUGCACAAACUCAAACAAAUGCAAACUCGUUUCAAGCUCCACAUCACCUUACUCAGAUUCUGCCACAUUUGGCUCAGGUAAGCUGUCAGGAUGUGGACAUGCCCAGUGCGAACUCCGAAGGCCAGCCUGAAACAAUCGAUCUGACCACUCCCAUGGACAAGGACUGCACAAAGGAGGAGCUUGUCUCAUCCAAUCAAAUGCUUCCUUCCCACCCCAUCUCUCAGACUUCGCCUACUUCAAUUCUUCCUCAGUCGAUCCCUUCACUCUCUCUCACACAGUCCCAGGCUCAGUCGCUCUCCCAAAAUCUCACACGUUCCCUUGGCAAAGGAGGGAAAGCGACAACCGGUGAAGGUACGAAAAAAGAGGGAGCAAUUUCAGAAGACACAAAAGCAGCUCUCAAAGCUGCCUUGCUUAAAUCAGCACUAAGGCAGAAGGCUCGAGACGGAGGCUCUGCAGCUCUUAAUAUAGAUUUAAUCAGAGGAUCUGCUGGAGGUUUAUCCUCAUCCUUCUCCUCCUCCAACUCUGGUCCAGAGCAGAGGAAGUCAGUCACAGCCCAGGAGAGACAACGAGAGAGGGAAGAGAAACGGAGGAAGAGACAAGAGCGUGCGAGGGAGAAGAAGAGGAAGUUGAAAGAGAAGGAGAGAAAGGAGGUAAAACAAGGAGAGUCUUUGGGUGGCGUUUUACUCAGCGACAACGACAAGAAGCUGUUGGAGCGCUGGGGGCGAAUGAUGGACAACCGCGUGGAUAAACCUCAGACGGCGGAAACCAAUAGUGCCACAAGUGGUGAGGGUAAGAUAGUUCAAAUCCAGCCAGAAAAAGGAAGCAAUUUCGUAAAGGCAAACUCAGACGGGAGAGAAUUAGUGCCACCCAAACAACCCAGCGAAGUACAGGCUUUCAAACCACCACAAAUGCUGCCUCAAAUAGGGCAAUGUUUGGCAGCUGGAAUAUUCCAUCCAACACCGACCCAUGAUGCACCGCCUGUCUCUUUAGAUCCAGCUCAGAAUGGAGACGUUGGAAUAGUUGGUGUAGGAGGAGGUGAAAGUGUUGGUGUGAUAACCACCCCAUGUGCUUUUGCCAAAAACAUCACAUUAAAACCUCCGUUUCUGUCUUUUGGAACAAUGUUCGCCGGGCUUGGGAACUGGACAGGAACAUCUCCGCACCAACCCCAGAAAACCCACCAACCUCCCCCAGAACUGAAUAACCCUGCACACACGAGCUUCACGCAUGCACAAACGCAGCCGAAGCCUGUCGCGCAGUCCAGUGCUCACAUCCAGCUGCUGCCGCUGGAAUCCUUUAUGACCAAACCAUCAGCUUUGAACCCCAGCAUUGGCGUUUCGGACACCAAUCCAGAGACUGGCAAUGGUCCUCAAACCCAUGACAAACUUUGCAUUUCAGAGGAGCAACAAAAUGGUUCUCAUACACAGGGCCCUUCAAAACAGCCUCCAGGUGCUGCAGCUCAACCCUGCCUUAAUCUCAUAGACACGGGACAGCCGGCAAACAGCAUCCCUGACAUCCACACAGUCACACAGCAGCUCUCAAAGUCACAGGUUGAAGACAUUUUACCGCCGGUUUUCUCAGUGACUCCUAAAGGCAGUGGAGCAGGAUACGGUGUAGGGUUUGACCUCGAUGACCUCCUCACUCAGUCGCUUAGUGAACUUCAGCACUCUGACAUCAGGGAAAGUCACAAUGACUUGGCCCCCCUGUCUGCAUCCCUGCUCUCUGAUUGGCUGGAGGUACACCGCAUGACCCCUGCUGACAUGGAGUCACUUCAGCAGGAGCUCCAGCUGGGGUCUCCCAUGAUCCUCUCUGACAACACUACACUUCCUGAUACCUGAUCAGUCCAUGCAUUAUGUCUCCAUCUCCUCGUAGAACCGGUUUAGGGCCGUGAACAGAGGAACAUGAUAGCUGUAUUGUGCACUAGUGUAAGUUUGAGAGAAUAUGUUUGAGGCUCCAAAUUAUUAAGACCUUUACCUAGAACCUCACCCAUAAAAGUGCCUUAAUUUUUAAUAGGUUCGAAUGCAUUAUUUAUUUGUGCCAACAUUAAAAUAUGAUGCUCCGUUCGGUUCUUAAGGGGUUUUUAUUCUCAGAAUUUCAGUGCCAU